AUGGCAGAACGAAAAGCAAUAAAUCGAUAUAUCCCACCUGAUUUUGAUCCAGAAAUUCAUAAAAGUAUUAAUGGGUAUGGAAAAGUUUCACAUUUAAGAAAAAGAAUCAAAAGUAAUGGAACAAUGAUUAUUCGAAUUGAAUUGCCUUUCGGGAUUUGGUGUGAUGGAUGUAAAAAUCUCAUAGGAAAAGGUACUCGUUUUAAUGCAACAAAACGACAAGUUGGAAUGUAUUAUUCAAGUAAAGUUUUUGAAUUUGAGAUAAAUUGUAGAGAUUGUCAUUCAGUUAUUACACUUCAAAGUGACCCAAAAAAUACUGAUUAUGUUGUUACUCGUGGUGGAAGAAGGCAAAUGAAUAAACAAUCAUCUCAUUCUUUUCCUUUAACAAACUCAAAAGAAACAAAAGAUGAAAUGGAACUCCUAGAAUAUAAUCAGAAAAAAAUUGCUCAAAGAGAACAACAACAAUCUUUAUUAGAUUCAUUAUAUUUACAAGAAUUAAGUUCAAAACAAGAUUUUGAUAUUAAUUAUCAAUUAAGAAAAUUAAGGAAGAAAAAAGACGAACAACAUUGUAUCAAAAAAGUUGACUAUCCUAUUGUUCUUGAUUAA